GUAGGCACUUUCCUGUCAUUGUCAUGUUCUCAGUGAGCUCCUGCAGCACAAAGAGUUCAUCACAGAAGAGGCUGGUAAACAUAGAUGAAAAUGGUCCUGCUUUGGACUGGCUACUACCCACAUCAUGUCCCCCACCAGAGACUCCUACGGAGCCCAUGGAAUUCCUUGCAAGAUCAUGGAGUCUCUCAGCCAUGGAGCUCUCUAAAGCGCUUUCCAACAGACCCGUCAAUGCUUCCACCAAUCUUGAGAAGCCGCCCCUCUGUUCUGCAGGUGCUGAGGCAAACGAUAUGAGUUCCAUGGCCUUGAAGGAGCCACCACUUGAUCGAAUGCCAAAUGGCAGUAGCCCUCCAAUUUCUCCACGAGACAGUGAAGAAGUCAAGGAGUUGUUUCUACUUCACCAAGCACUCGAUCCAGAAUUUCUUUCCAGUCAAAAAUUGCUCAAACAUGGGCUGUACAAAAGCAUGGUGAGAGGAAGAACAAUGGGGAGAUGUUUAAAGGAUCAGAAGGAGAAGAAGAAACAGAAAAUCAGGACUCACAGUGCCCAACUUCAUGCAGCUAUAUCCGUAGCUGGGGUUGCUGCUGCAGUUGCCGCACUUGCUGCCUCAAAUGUGAUGUCACCAGAAAUGUUGGCUGCCCACCAGAAGACAUCAGCUGCAAUUGCAUCUGCAGCUGCUCUAGUAGCCUCCCAUUGCAUUGAGGUUGCAGAAGACAUGGGAGCUGAUCACGACCAGAUAUUAACAGUAGUCAACUCAGCAAUUAAUGCAAGGACCAAUGGAGAUAUCAUGACCCUAACUGCUGGAGCAGCAACAGCCUUACGAGGAGCUGCCAUCUUAAGAGCAAGGCUUCAAACGGGGUAUCCAGCAACAACAUUAGUUCUGGCAGAAGAAAAGGGUGGAGAAGGGAAAGAAUCAAACAUCUCAACAGCAUUGAACUUUGUCUGUAGCGGAGGUGAACUUCUCAAACGUACAAGAAAAGGAGCUCUCCACUGGAAGCAAGUUUCUUUCAACAUCAAUUCCAAUUGGCAGGUAGUAGCUAAGAUGAAAAGUAAGUACAUGGCAGGAGCAUUUACCAAAAAGAAGAAGUGUGCAAUCUCAGGAGUGAAUAGCAAUGUCCCGGCAUGGCCCAGAAGAGAAAUUGAUGACUGUAGUGAACAGAAAGCUUACUUCGGGAUAAUAACAGCUGACAGAAUAAUAGAAUUUGAAUGCAAAAGUAAAGGUGAGAAACAUAUGUGGAUUGAGGGGAUCCAGUGUAUCUUGAAUUGCUGUACCAAUAUAUCAUAAUGCAGACCAUAUUUCAAUCGUGAGGAAAUCAGAUUUUCAUGUUCAAAAAUUGAUAAAGAUAUAAUGUGCAUCUCUGACAUCGUACACAAUAAGUGAGCAAGGGCUGAACAAUGCUGGUGUUGGCUCAUGUUAAGAAAUAUACAUAGGAGAAGAUUUACAAGGAGAAUUGCAGAGUUCUAUGAUUCUAUCAUGUAAUUUCUAUAAUAGAAAACAUAUAAAACGCUCAGCAGAAGCCAUCAAUUUAAUGGAUAAAUUUUUCACCAAUCUCUUAGUGAAUUCUGUGAGGUGUGGCAUCUACACUAAUAAUUUCUUCAUUCUAAUUCCUUGAAAAAGCCAGUAUUGUAUAACUGACAAUACAUUGCAGGAAAUGGUAAAUAAUUCACCUGUA